UUUGUGUACAUUUGUGAUAAUAAAUUGAAAUAUGACGCCGUUUAUUAUUAAAUUAUCUAGUAUUUUUUAUUUUAUUUAUUAAUUAUUUUAUUUUUUUUUUCCAACAAUUUUUCUAAUGAAUUUUAUUGUCAUGAAAAUUCGAAUAUAAAUUAAUCGUUUCCAAAAUUAUAUAAAAAAUAUAUAUAUAUAUAUACUUAUAUAUUAAUUGUUAAAAAAUAUAUUCAAAUUUAUCAAUUAAAAAUAAAUAAAUUAAAGUGAUUGGAAGAUCAAUUAUUGUUAUCUAUUUAUUUAAAAAUGGAGGAUAAAAAUAGUGACCCAAGUCCAUCGUCAUCAGGAAUCAAUAAAUCUAAUGAUGAUAACAACAAAGAGAGGCAGUGGUCAGCAAAUUUUCUAACAGGAGCAUCUCCGCCAAAGUUUGUAUCACUUGACGAAAUAAUAAACGCUGCAAAUGGAAUGACAAAUAUGGCGCUGGCACACGAGAUAGCCGUUGAUAAAAAUUUCAAAUUAGACCCUGCGUUAUUCAGCAACGAUAUAAAUGGCUACGAAAAUGAAGAUGAGGGUCAAGAUGACAACGGAACCAAGACCAAGAAAUUACAAAAGAAAGUCAAGGAAAUUAUGCACAAUGCGUUUUGGAAUUUACUAAAGCAGCAGUUGAAUGAUGACCCACCAGAUUACACUCAAGCGCUGGUGCUAUUGCGCGAAAUACGCGAGACUCUGGAAGAUUUAGUUUUACCUCAUCAUAAAAAAAUUCGUGAAAAUUUACGUGAAAUUUUAGACAUUGAUCUGAUAAAACAACAAGCGGAAAAAGGAGUUUUGAAUUUUACUCACUACUCUCAUUAUGUUUUAAAUUUAAUGAGCAAAAUAUGCGCGCCAGUGCGCGAUGAAAAAAUACGGGAAUUAUUAGAAUGUACUGACAUUGUCGACACGUUCAAGGGAAUAAUGGAGACCCUGCAGCUGAUGAAAUUAGACCUUGCUAAUUUUACAAUCACGAUGAUGCGACCGAACAUUGUCGCCUCGAGUAUUGAAUAUGAGAAGAAAAAAUUCGCCCAGUUUUUGGAAAUACAGGCUGAUGGGUUGCAAUAUACUAGGAGGUGGCUACUCAAGCAUUUAGAUGAUAAAAAAAUAGAGGGUGCUAAUGAUGUCAAUGGGCUCAAGCAAGUUACACAUUAUUUGCUAGCGGAAGCGUACUUGGAUCUGCUUAACUGGGACUCUUGUCCGGAAGCUGAGACGCUGAUGCUAGAUCAGGGACGAUUAUUAGAAUUACGAGAUAAAAUAAAUAGAUUGACUAUUAUUGGAUCGAUACUGUUGAUUUGCGGCAGUACAGUCGGUGGUUUAAUGCAAGAUGUUGAUAAAUUUAAGAAAAAUGUUAAGCAACAUCUGGAUGUUAUUUUGGAUACUGUCCAUUCUAAUAAAGAAUUAGAAAAAAUAAUGCCUAAUGUGGUAAUUCAAAUAAAAGAAGAUAUAAAUGUUAUAUUGAAGGAAAUUCAUAAUAAAGAAUUAGAUAAAGAAACAGAAUCGAUUUUAGAACGACAAAUUAUGGAAUUAACAAAUGAAGAUCAUAAAAUUCGAUCACUCGUUAAUCUAAGAAUCCGGCAAUUCCUCGAAAAAAUAAUUUUAUCCCAAAACGCAGUGCCAACUCAAGUGCCCCCAGGUCUUUCUUCUCUCCAAGAAGAGCUUGCCUCGAUAGCCGCCCGAUUCUUUAUAAUAGUCGCCCACAAUCGCAGCGUCUUCGGGGAAUAUUACCAAGAAAUCGUCGCCACCGAAAUCUCAAACCGAAAAUCGACUCUCGGCUCCAUCAAUCAUGACAACGCAAUAAUGGACGCCUAAAUUUUCAUAAAAAAUAAUCACGUAUUUCCUUUAUUAAUAUUAUAAACAUAUAUUUUAUAAAUAAUAAAAAAUAUUUAUCACAA